AUGGGUUUGCAACAAUGCAAGUCGAAAAAAAGAGAUACACCCAGCAUAUCAGAAGAGUAUAAAAAUCAAAUGAGAAAUAAUUUAAAGCGAACAACUCACCUAGGAAUUGGCAAACUGUUCAUAGUUGGAAAAAUGAUUUUUGGGGUCAUCGGCUGUAAUUUUGUCCCGGGUAAAGUGAAAGGACAGGAAUGCUCGGGGUCCCGGAAAAAAGUUGAUCCAUCGGGCGCGAGGGCUGCUUCGCCUCUCGGUGCCGCACCCGACCCCAGGCCUGGGCUGCCCACACGGUCGUCCGCCGCAUCGGUCUCCGGUGAUCCUCUCGGCCUGGAUUACUCUGGUGUUUUUGAUAAGCUGACGGCCGUGCUGAAAUGUGUACCGGUGUACGACCAUAUCCCUAAGCCAUGCAGGGAAAAGUUCGCACAUGAUCUGAACGCCUUGCUGACGGCUGUUUGUAACGACCCUGGUGACCCGGCUCACUGGGGAAACCUGUCCUCGGCGGUCAGACUUGUCUGCUCGCCGGAGGGCCUGGCGGAGAGCUCGCCGGCCACCUUCGAUAAAUUAUGUUCUAUCCACCCAAAAAUUUCGGUGGACAGGCGGGUCUUUCCCACAUUGACACCAACGGCUGGUUGCGUUUCUCCCGCCGAGGUGCUGAGGGCCGUUAAAUCUUUCAAAAUGGGUUCUUCUGGAGGCCUGGAUGGCCUACGACCCCAGCACCUUAAGGAUGUUUUUUCAGGCCCCUUGCCAAUUGACGACACACUGAACUCCUUAACCCAAUUCAUUAAUUUGAUCCUAUCUGGAGCUUGCCCACUCUCCCUCUCUGAGCUUGAAUUCGCCCUGGGUCGUGUUUCCUGUCUUUCGGCCCAUGAUGCCUUGACUAUUAUCCGCAAUGCCCUCAGUUUGCCCAAAUUGAUGUACUUCCUGCGUACAUCUAAACACAUUGACCCUUCUAAAUUGGGCGAAUUUGACGGAGCCCUGCGCACCGCCCUGUCGUCGAUUUGCAAUGUUCAAGAACCAUCCGGCAUUUCUGCGCAUGAUGGUAGGCGACCGGACGGAUGCACGCUAAUACCUUGGAGAGCCGGCAGAUGUUUGGCGUGGGAUGUUACGGUCCCUGGCACCCUCGCCGAACGAUACGUAAACCUGACAAGUAAAGAAUGCGGUUUGGCCGCGGCCAGGGCAGCGGACGAGAAAAUGAAGAAAUAUGGGAAUGCCCUCCCCUCUAUGGAAUUCUUGCCAAUAUGCAUCGAGGUUCUCGGCCCGAUGGACCCCAACACCCUUAAAUUUCUUAAGGAAAUAGGCAAAAUGAUCAGUGUCAGAUCAGGUGACAGCAGGGAACUGUUUUUUGCAACCAACCACAUUUCGUGCUUGUUGCAGCGGUUCCUGCGUGUCUGUGUGCUUGAAAAUAUCCAACUGAAUGCCGACAUGUGCAAUUAA